UAGUGCGGAUCAAGAAUCAAAGAAUACUGACGUCCGGAGUAAAAUGGUGCGACGGGCAGUCAGAGCAACAGGUGAUCUGCGUUCCCGGGCAGAAACGUGAUUGACAGCUGUUUUAGCCAAUCGGCUGACAGAGGAAUGAGGGCACCGGCCAAUUGCGCGGUCCCGCAGUGUCAGUAUGGGCGUUGUUCCAGGCUGGGCGCACACACAGCGGCAGUGUCAUCAGCGGUAGAUCCAUACGGGACACUGAGGACAGACGGGCAUGGUGUGUCAGUUUCUGGCGAAGGCUUUGCUGCUGUCUUUGCGGAAAUAAGAGAGGAAAAUAUACCGUGAGCUCAAUUUCAGACGCUGUAGAUGCAGAAGAGGACCGCGUUUCUGUCCAGAGAGAUUAGCUGUAUUAUCUUAUCGUCAUAUGAAGGCUGAACUGAAAGCACUAGCUGACCUUUGCACAUUCAGUACUUGGUGCCAUCAUUUUGUAAUCUAAGCAGUUCUUUGGACAUCUGUUGGAUUCAGUUGGCUCUAUCCUUCCAAAUUCACCUGCCUUUCCCCAUGAGAAAAGAUGGGGAAUGGAUUUUCGGAACAACCUAGCUGCCUCGCAAACAUCCCGUUCUUCCAGUCUUUCCACAUUGCCAUUCUUGGACUAGACUCUGCUGGAAAGACCACUGUCUUGUAUAGACUGCAAUUCAAUGAGUUUGUGAACACUGUUCCCACCAAAGGUUUCAAUGCAGAGAAAGUCAGAGUGCCACUGGGAGGCCAAAAGACUGUGACUUUCCACUUCUGGGACGUGGGUGGUCAGGAGAAGCUGCGCCCCCUGUGGAAGUCAUACACGAGAUGCACAGAUGGCAUCAUAUUCGUGGUGGACUCUGUGGAUGCAGAGCGCAUGGAGGAGGCCAAAACAGAGCUCCAUAAAAUCGCCAAGAGCUCUGAGAACCAGGGAGUUCCCCUGCUUGUGGUCGCCAACAAACAGGACUUGAGGCACUCUCUAGGAUUGGCUGAAAUUGAGAAACUGCUGGCUUUGAAAGAACUGGGCCCUGCCACACCCUGGCAUCUGCAGCCAGCCUGUGCCAUCAUAGGAGAAGGACUCAGGGAUGGCCUGGACAAACUCCAUGAGAUGAUACUGAAAAGGAGAAAAACGCUUCGGCAGCAAAGAAAAAAGAGAUAAACUUUUCAUGAGACAGACGUUCCUGUUGUUUCGUAUGAAGGAAACCUAAAAAAAGGAAUUUGUCCUGUUAAGCUUCAGGUUCAAAUUCGGUAUGCUGAGUUUUAUCAGUCAAAACUGAGCUUUAGGAUUCCCGGUCUAUGUUUAUGGUCUUAUGUUUAUGCUCUUGAUCAAGAAAUGCACAUAAAGGAAUGCAGUAUGAAGAUGAGAAAGUUUCAGGUAUGUGUGGAUAUGUUAUAGAGAGUUUAUAUGGAUUGCAAAGUAUUGAGGGUUUGGGGUCUGGAAGGGCGAUAGAAGUUGUUUUAAGGAUGUUUGUUCCAAACAAUAUAACCAAAAAUAAUUUAAGAGAAGACUUGGACUAGAUGAAGGGUUGUUUGGUGAACGGCUGAACAAUGAUUUAUUUUACUAUUUCAUGUGUUGUUCUGACUUGUUUUGUUGUUUUGAUUUUGUUUUGUUUUUUUUACACUGGACUUUGUGAAAGAAAAGUAUUAUGUUUUUAUUGUGUUAUUAUUAUUAUUAUUAUUAUUAUUAUUGUUAUGCGUGUGCUUGCUGUCUUAUAUCGCUCUUUUUUUUUCAAAGCACUUUAGGUUAUCACUUCAUAUGGAGUUUUUAAAAAGAUAAAUUUAUGUCAGAUUUUACAGAAACAUGUACAGCAAAUGCUACUGAACAGUAGUUGGUCCACAUUGGCCUCAUUGUCUUUAGACUGGUUAUACAAUAUGUUUUAUUGAAUAAAACAUGUAGAGCAAUAUUGACUGCGAUAUAGUGGCUAUUAUUUAGGAGUUAAUAUUUAAACAGCAGCCACAUAAAGGCUCAUUCAUUGAAAUAAUAGCAACACUAAGCUUUAAGGAGCUGGCUGGAGUCUCCAGAAAAAGAUUAUUAGCAGUUUGUUAAACAAAUCUCCCAACAAGGCAUUAAAGCAUUCAAGAGCUGCUGACUAGCUGAUGUUGCAAGUCUAGUGUGUGCAUGUGAUAAGGAGUGUUUCCAAAAAGCCAAAAUGCAUGCUCAGUCAACCUGACCUCUAAUUGUCACGUUCUUCUUGGGUUUCAUUUUACACAGCCUGCACACUAAUUGUGUGGAACAGGAACACACCCAAAGGUUGAAGUUCCAUUUAUAAGAUUGUGUCCCGGGAACUCAGACAUGUCUUAUCAUAGCCUGUAUUUCCCUACAGAUAUGCCAGUUUCAGUGUUUUCUAAUGAGCUAACAACAUACAGAAGUCAAACCUGUAAAACUGGCAGUAAAAUAGCAUUAACAUCUUGCCCCCAAAUUGUCAUCCAAAACACAAACCAAAUCUCUUUAGUGGAAAAAAAGAAGCUUGAAUGUGUGUUUGCUUUUGCCUACUUCAGUGCAGUGGGAUAAGGAGUGCACUGAUGCGUUACUGCUCAGACAUGUUGUCCUCAGAGCUUGAAAAUGUUGUCAGGGCAGUCUGGAGGCCUGACCUAGUACAACAGGCUGGGGAAGGAGACUGUGAAGCCAGGGGCAUUACUGAGUAUUUUUGGACUGAGCUGGCGAGGAUAUGUUGUCCACUGCAUUAACGCCAUUUGUUCUCUCAUUCCUUUGAAACAAUUAAUGACUGUAAGCCCAGCAGGCCAGUGUAGAAGCAGCUGGCUUUCUAAAAUAGCUGUGUGAUGCAGAUUGGUAGUUUGCACUCCGCUCUGACUAAAUCACCAAAUUUCCUCACCACAUAAAUAUCUGUUCUAAUUAAACGUCAUAAUUAUAACCUCAAUGUGGGAUUUUGGUGCCGUUUCCCAGGGGGCCUGUCACAUAUAGAAGGAUAAGCUUAUGUCCUUAGUGUGGGAUUUUACACAUUUGUAUGACUGAAAGGCAACAGCAGGAAGUAAAUGAAGGAAUACUUUGUUUAAACACUUUCAGGAGCUGUUAUGGCUUUAGCAUAUAUUUAAAGGCAGAGGGGAGCAGGAACUAAUGGGAAGACAGCGAGGAGAAAUAAAUGCAACAAUGGUACACAGUGUUGUAGUUACAUUGCUGUCAGGUUGCCAGAAUGACUCAUUUUUGUCAAAUGAUGAAGCGUGUUUUUGUAUUUAGAAGCCCAGGUGCCUCUUGUUUGCCAAGGAAGGAAACUCAAAGGGGCAAAGACAUUUUCACACUUUUCCUGAUUCCACUUCCCUCUCUCUGCAAGCAAGCCA